AUGUGUGUACCAACCGAGCAGUUAGAUGCAGCGGCGCAGCUUUUCCGCGACAAGCCUGAACAAUUUGAACCCUUUCGACCUUCUGCAAUGAAAAGAGCUAUGGGAUUAGAGGAUUAUUUCCGUCGAUUCAAGUUUGUGGGUCUACGCUUGUUCUUCAUCCUUAUGUCCUCACGAGCCCAUGAUAUACCCUGCAAGCCAGAAAAUAUCGAGUACAGCCAGAGGGGUUUGCCAUAUCCUAAAUUCCAUAUCUACGCACAAAGCCUUCUGGACACAAAAAGAAUUGUAGAUCUUAACGUCCAUAUCGAUGGUAUGAAUCUUACACUGGAGUGGGGCAAUGAGAACCUUAAUCUUGAAGGCACUGUUAAUGCUGAUUGGGGUCGCUGGAAGGCAGACCUUAUACUUGGCGGACAUGCUGCUGAAGACGAGAUGCCUAAUCGGUGUACGCCCCAUGAUGUCUGA